AUGGAAGUGAGAAAUAGAAUUGUGACUACCAGAAAAGGGAUUGAUGAAUUUCCAGUUGAAUCAGAUUUUGAGGUGAAAUGCGAAGAUUUUGUUGUGUUAGUGAAACAUGGGAGUGACGAUAUUAUUGUUAAAAACCUUUAUGUUUCAAUUGAUCCAUAUCAAAUUAACCGUAUGAAAAGCUUUAGUUCUUCCCAUAAAACUUCUAGUUUUGCGGCUCCCGUCAUUCCUUUUCAGCCUAUAGAUGCUUUGGGAGUGGGAGAAGUAUUGGCCUCAGGAAACCCUGAGUUUAAGGAGGGUGAUAUAGUAAUAGGGCUCAUAAAUUGGGCUGAAUACAGUGUGGUAAAAGCUCAAACCAACUUACUUAGAAAAUUGGACACUUUGGGAUUUCCAUUGACUCACCAUCUUGGCGUUUUAGGGUUUAGUGGGCUAUCAGCAUAUGCUGGUUUGUUUGAAGUAGCAAAGAUAAAGGAAGGAGAGAGAGUAUUCGUGUCUGCUGCUUCUGGCUCUGUUGGAAGUUUGGUUGGACAAUUAGCAAAAUUGCAUGGUUGCUAUGUUGUUGGUUGUGCCGGUUCUGAUCAAAAGGUGACAUUGCUCAAAGAAAAGCUUGGAUUUGAUGAUGCAUUCAAUUACAAGCAAGAAAAGGAUUUGACAACAACUUUAGAGAAGUAUUUCCCAGAUGGGAUUGAUGUUUAUUUUGACAACGUGGGAGGUGAAAUGCUAGAAGCAGCCAUAGCCAACAUGAAACCCUUUGGAAGAGUAGCAGUUUGUGGGGUUAUUUCUGAAUACACUAAUUCCAAAAAGGCAGUGCCAAACAUGGUUGAUUUGGUGUACAAAAGAAUCAAUGUUCAAGGCUUUUUAGCAGGAGAUUUCUUAGAUGUGUUUCCAAAUUUUGUCUCUAAGGUUUCUCAAUACCUUCAUUCUGGCGAAAUUGAACCCCUUGAAGACAUAUCAGUUGGGGUUGAGAAUAUUCCUUCUGCUUUCAUCGGGUUGUUUAAAGGUGAUAAUAUUGGAAAAAAGAUUGUCAAAUUUGCAGAGUGA